GUCGGAGAGGGGAGUUUCCCGGCGAGUACGUGGGACAGCUCCGCCACUGCGGUCGCUUCCAUCGGACCACACUGCGGAUCACAGGGGGAGACUGUCGGUGCUAACAGGUGGGACAGACAUGGUGAAGAUAACUACCGUCAAGACCAAGCCGUACACGGACCAGAAGCCCGGCACCAGCGGCCUGAGGAAGCGCGUGACGGUGUUCCAGCAGAACCAGCACUAUGCGGAGAACUUCAUCCAGAGUAUCAUCUCCGUCAUCGAGCCCGCAGAGAGGCAGGCGUCCACGCUGGUGGUGGGAGGAGACGGGAGGUUUUUCAUGAAGGACGCCAUUCAGCUGAUCGUCCAGAUCGCAGCAGCCAACGGGGUAGGACAUCUGGUGAUCGGUCAGAAUGGCAUCAUGUCCACCCCGGCAGUCUCCUGUGUGAUCCGCAAGUUGAAGGCAGUGGGCGGGAUCAUCCUCACAGCCAGUCAUAACCCUGGCGGCCCCAAUGGUGACUUCGGCAUUAAGUACAACAUCUCCAGUGGAGGUCCUGCUCCAGAGGGAAUCACCAAUAAGAUAUUUGACAUAAGCAAAGGCCUUCAGGAGUAUCAGAUCUGCCCGGAACUGAAGGUGGACCUGUCAAAGAUCGGCAUGCAGACCUUUGAAGUGGACACAUUCAAACCUUUCACAGUGGAGAUUGUGGACUCUGUGGAUGCCUACGCUGAAAUGCUGCGGGGGAUAUUUGACUUUGCCGCUCUGAAGAAUCUUCUGUCUGGACCUGGUCACAUUAAUGUGCGCCUGGAUGCCAUGCACGGAGUGGUCGGUCCGUACGUGAAAAAGAUCGUCUGUGAAGAGUUGGGCUCUCCUGCCAACUCGGCUGUCAACUGUGUACCUCAGGAGGACUUUGGAGGUCACCACCCCGACCCCAACCUGACCUACGCUGCUGACCUGGUCAACACGAUGAAAGGAGGAGAGUAUGACUUCGGCGCUGCCUUCGACGGUGAUGGCGACCGUAACAUGGUGCUUGGUAAACAUGGCUUUUUUGUUAACCCCUCGGACUCCGUGGCGGUCAUUGCUGCCAACAUUACCAGCAUCCCGUACUUCCAGAGCACCGGGGUGAAGGGUCUGGCCCGCAGCAUGCCCACAAGUGGCGCUCUUGACAAUGUGGCUAAAGCUCUGCAGAUGCAACUUUAUGAGACUCCCACUGGCUGGAAGUUCUUUGGUAACCUGAUGGACGCUGGCAAACUGUCACUGUGCGGGGAGGAGAGCUUUGGCACCGGCUCGGAUCACAUCCGUGAGAAGGACGGCCUGUGGGCAGUGCUCGCCUGGCUGUCGAUCUUGGCCUCCAGGAAACAAAGUGUGGAGGAGAUCAUGAAGGAUCACUGGCAGAAGUUUGGCAGGAACUUCUUCACCAGAUAUGACUACGAAGAGGUGGACUCAGAUGCUGCCAACAAGAUGAUCAAGGACCUGGAGACGGCCAUGUCCGACCCGUCUUUUGUUGGGAAGAAAUUCUCUUCGGGUGCUAAAACAUAUGAAGUGGCCGUCGCAGACAACUUUGCCUACACUGAUCCAGUAGACGGAAGCGUUUCCAAAAACCAGGGGCUGAGGAUCAUCUUCUCAGAUGGCUCCAGGAUCAUAUUCCGUCUGAGUGGCACAGGAAGUGCUGGAGCGACCGUCAGGCUCUACAUAGACAGCUACGAGAAGGACCCACAGAAGAUCUACCAGGACCCGCAGGUCAUGCUGGCUCCCCUUGUUGACAUCGCCCUGAAUAUCUCACAACUCCACGAACGGACCGGACGCACCGGUCCCACUGUGAUCACAUGAUUCUCCUAUGCCCCCCUGUCGCCCUUGGAGACAGUAAACAUCCACAGUCAUGAUGCUGCCUUAAACUACUGCUUGUGAGAAAUACUGCCAUAGUCCAGUUGUUUUUGGAAGACAGAUUAUAUCUCUAGGUUAAAGGGAUUUUUAAAAUAGCUGCAUUUUAAAGAGGAAUAAAAGAUGAUUUAUUUUAAAUAUUUAAUAAACUGCACCGCUUUAUUUCUGUCGUCUAGUUCUAGUUGGAGAACCUGAUUGAAACCUCCAUGACGGUUUAGGGCAGCUUCAUACAACCCACCCUCCUCCUGUCCCCUAGUGCCUUCAUUCCUCGUCUUCCUCUCUCACAACCGUGAAAGUAUUCUCCAGUGAACAUUGGAACCACAAUUAACUUACAUGAAUAAAAGAACCUUUUAAGGUACAAGGGUGCCCAUCUUUUACUGGGGAGGAACCUCUGGAUUGGCAGGGCUGGGUGGUAAAAAUAUA